GCGCCGCCGCCGCCAUCGCCUUUCCCUCCCCUCUGCCGCCGCCGGGGGCUGCGGGUCCCGCCGGGCCGCGGGCGGAGCGCGGCGGCACCAUGUCGGCAGCACGGUCCAGCGCCGCCGCCGAGGCAGAGGCAGUGCGCGAGUUGCCACCUGUUCCUUCUACAUCAAGGACAAGCUCUGCAGAGCUUUCUGUUAGGCAGCGAAUGAGAGAGAAACUAAAAGCAGCAAGGACAAAAGCUGAAAUUACUUUAUCACAAGAAGACCCCAGCUCACAGCCAAGGCGCUUAAAAGGCAUCAGAGAAAGAAAACCAGGAGUCGGACUGGAGAAAAGGUCUGCUAAUGAUAAAUUCAGGGAGAUGCCAGAGAGUGAAUCACACUUAUCAUCAAAAGUAAAGUUUCGGGAUUCUGUAAAAAAGCUUAAGCAAAAGUCAACAUUCCAGAAUGAUUUUCCUUCUGAGGAAGAAGCAUAUAAUUUCUUUACCUUCAAUUUUGAUGCUGUAGCAGAGAAAAUGAAAGCUGGAGCCAGGAAAAAGAAUGGAUUAAGUGAAGAGGAAGAGGUGGAAGAAGAAUGUGUCGAAACUUAUGAAGAUGAACAAGAGGAGGAUGAAAUGGAUGAAGAUGUACGUCUGGUGAAAGAUGAUGAUUUAUUCAUAGGGCAGACAGAUGAAGACCUUGUAGUCGUGAAACCCGUUGAUUGUGAAAGCUACACUGAGCAACUAAAAAGGGAAAAAGAAUUUCUCUUCAUUCCCAGCAUGCUAGCAGUGCCUGCUUCUGAGAAGAUGCCUAGAAAUAUGCAGCCCAGGUACCUUGAGGAUGAAGGUCUUUACACUGGAGAAAGGCCCUUUGUAACACAGUCUAAUCAAAACAUUUUAGAAAACCGAAUACUCAGGCAGGACCAAGGGAAAGAAUGGUUUGGUGAUGAUGGCAAAAUCUUAGCACUGCCUAAUCCAAUUAAACAGUCUUGUACUAGGCCUCCAAUAUUCUCACUUGAAGAAGACCUUGCACCAGAACUUGAAACAGUGUAUAGAAAGGCAAUAAAAAUGACAUCUACCAAUCAGUAUUUUGUUGGACCUGGAGAUUUUCAGGGGAUGUUUCAAUUGGAUAUUGAUAUUUCUGGACUGAUAUUCACCCAUCAUCCCUGUUUUAGCCGUGAGCAUGUGUUGGCAGCUAAACUGGCUCAGUUAUAUGAUCAGUAUUUAGCAAGAAAACAGAAGAAUCUUACCAAAUUUCUCACGGACAAGCUGCAUGCUUUGAGGAGUGCAGUGCAAUACAGUAUGGAAGGUGCUGGUGGUGAUGGUGUUCCUGUGGCUCAGCAAAGCAUACCUGAAUACAAAAUGGAGAUCAGACAAACCAGAAGACUUCGUGAUGCUGAACAAGAAAAAGACAGAACGUUGCUUAAGACCAUUAUCAAAGUUUGGAAACAAAUUAAAUCCCUCCGGGACUUUCAGAAGUUUACUAACACACCCAUGAAACUUUAUUUGAGGAAGGAAGAGGUUGAUCAGAAAUCAGAUGAAAAAGCAUAUGAAGCAGAAAUUCAGGCUGAGAUAAAGGAAUUGCUAGAAGAAUGUAUGGAAGAAUAUGAAAAGAAAAUGGAGGAGUAUAAAACUGAGCUACAUGACUGGAAAUCCUGGAAGAAGACUCAGAAGUCCAAGAAGAAAAAGAAAAAAGAUACUCUUGUAGAUGAAGAAUCAGAAGACCAUGAUUUUGGUGAGGAACGUAUAAAACCCAUCCCACCUAAAAUGGCCAAUAGCUUGGAAAUAGAGCAGCAGGUUAGAGGAAAAGCUGACAGCUGCCGAAGGAAACCUGGAGAGCCUAUUCUAGUUCCUGAGCUGACCCUCUCAGGAAGCAUAACUCCAACUGAGCAGUGUCCUCGAGCAGAAGUUUUGCGACGAGAGGAUGUGAAGAAACGCUCAGCAUUUAUUAAAGUCCUUUUCAACUCCAAGGAAGUGUCAAGGACUGUUACCCGACCGAUAAGUUCCGAUUUUAGAGUUCACUUUGGACAGAUUUUCAAUUUACAAAUAAUCAAUUGGCCAGAGAGUUUGAAACUACAGAUAUAUGAAACUACAGGUAUCAGCAGUACCACCCUGUUAGCUGAAGUGUUCUUACCUGUUCCUGAGACUGCAGUUCUGACAGGCAGUGCUCCUCUGGAAGAAAUAGAGUUCAGCAGUGAUCAGCGUGUGAUGUUGGAUCAUGAAGGAGUUGGGAGUGGUGUAUCCUUUUCAUUUGAAGCUGAUGGUAGCAACAAAAUGACUUUCAUGACCUCUGGAAAAAUAUCCAGUAGUGUCUCUUGGGCAGUUGGAGAAAAAGGAAUCCCCUUAAUUCCUCCAGUAUCUCAGCAAAACACAGGCAUUCCAAGUGCUUUGAAAAAUAUUGAUGCUAUUGCAUCCAUCGGCACAUCAGGCCUGACUGAUAUGAAGAAGCUAGCUAAGUGGGCAGCUGAAGCAAAGCUUGAUCCAAAUGACCCAAACAAUGCAGCUCUGAUGCAGCUGAUCAUGAUUACUACAAGUGGAGAGGCACACGUUCCUGAUUUCUUCAGAUUGGAGCAGUUGCAGCAAGAAUUUAAUUUUGUUUCUGAUGAGGAGUUUAGUAGAUCAAAGAGAUUCCGACUGUUGCAGCUCAGAAAUGAGGAGGUGGCAGAGUUCAGAAAUUACAAGCAAGUCCCUUUACAUGAACGAGAAAUCAGUGAGAAAAUCUUCCAGGACUAUGAGAAGAGAAUGCAAGAGAGGGAUGUGAUUGACAGCAAAAACUACCUAGAUGCACACAGAGCAGUUGUUGCCAACUAUCUACAGAAGGUUCGAGAAUCAGUAAUCAAACGUUUCCUCAUAGCAAAACACCAUUUCAUUCUCUCUGACCUUGUCAAUGAAGAGGAGAUUCCAGGCCUGGGCAUUUUGGGACUCGGCCUCUUUAAACUGGCAGAGCCAAAACGACCAUUAAGGCCAAGAAGAAAAGAGAGGAAGAAGGUCACAGCACAGAAUUUAUCAGAUGGAGACAUAAAACUGUUAGUGAACAUCAUCAGAGCCUAUGAUAUUCCAGUGAGAAAACCAGUGAUGAGCAAACUUCAGCAGCCAUCGAAAUCUUCAAGGUCCUUUAACGAGAUGUUUGCAGCCUCUCCAUCAGCUCAGAACCCACCCAACAGCCCAGACUGGGCAUUCAACCAGGUUUUGGUCCGUCCUUUUGUAGAAGUUUCUUUUCAGCGAACAGUCUGCAGGACAACAACAGCAGAAGGUCCAAGCCCCUGCUGGAAUGAGGAACUUGAGCUUCCAUUUAGAGCUCCUAAUGGUGACUACAGCACCCACAGUUUGCAGUCAGUAAAAGAUGAAGUCUUCAUUAAUGUUUUUGAUGAAGUACUUCAUGAUGCUGUAGAGGAUGAUCGUGAGAGAGGAAGUGGAAUCCACACUCGUAUUGAGAGACACUGGCUGGGAUGUGUUAAGAUUCCAUUUACUACCAUAUAUUUUCAAGCAAGGAUUGAUGGUACAUUUAAGGUCAAUAUUCCUCCAGUCCUCCUUGGCUACAGCAAAGAAAAGAACAUGGGCAUGGAGAGAGGUUUUGAUUCUGUGCGAAAUCUGAGUGAGGGCUCAUAUAUAACUCUGUUCAUUACCAUUGAACCACAGCUCAUCCCUGGAGAGUCUGUCAGAGAGAAGUUUGAUACCCAAGAAGAUGAGAAACUGCUCCAGGCAGCAGAAAAAUAUGAAGCUGAAUGUACAUCAAAGUUUCCAAGCCGCCAGUGCCUAACAACUGUAAUUGACCUUGAUGGAAAAACAGUUUUUAUUACCAGAUAUAUCAAACCUCUGAAUCCACCACAGGAGCUUCUUGAUACUGUCCCAAAUAGAUCUCAAACAGCCGCAGAACUGGUGGCUCGAUAUGUUGCUUUGAUUCCUUUUUUGCCAGAUAGUGUGUCAUUUGCUGGAAUUUGUGAUUUAUGGAGCACAUCAGAUCAAUUUCUUUAUCUUCUGGCGGGAGAUGAGGAAGAACACGCCGUGCUCUUGUGUAAUUAUUUUCUUGGUAUGGGGAAAAAAGCCUGGCUUAUCAUUGGAAAUGCCAUUCCUGAGGGACCAACUGCAUAUGUAUUAACUUUGGAACAAAGUCAGUAUGUAAUUUGGAACCCCAGUACUGGAUGUUUUUAUGGGCAGUAUGAUACUUUCUGCCCAUUACAAAAUGUGUACUGUCUGAUCAGCUGUGAUAAUAUUUGGUUUAAUAUGCAGGAAUAUGAUUCCCCAGGAAGGAUAUAUUUUGAUAUCAGCAAACCAAAACUUUGGAAGCCUUUCUUUUCAAGAAGUUUGCCAUUCCCUGGUCUCCGCAGCAUUCAGCCUGAAGAGCUAACUUAUGAGCAAUCGGAUAAGGCUGCUGCACGGGAACUGCAGAGCAGGAUUGAAAAAAUAUUAAAGGAUAAGAUUAUGGAAUGGAGACCAACGCGCCCAACACGUUGGAACAGAUACUGCACCUCCACCCUCCGCAACUUUUUGCCGCUGCUGGAACAAAAUCAAGGCAAAGAUGUAGAAGAUGACCACCAGGCAGAGCUGCAAAAACAGCUGGGAGAUUACAGGGUCUCUGGAUUUCCUAUUCAUAUGCCAUAUUCUGAAGUAAGACCUUUAAUAGAAGCUGUACACAGCACAAGAGUUCACACCAUUGAUGUUUCCAAUGUUGAAUUUGCUCUGGCUGUGUAUAUUCAUGCUUAUCCCCAAAAUGUUCUCUCUAUAUGGAUUUAUGUUGCUUCACUUGUGCGAAAUAGGUAGUAUAGACCAGUCUGAAUACUGCAAGAAAUUUGCUUAUAUAGGUGUAAAUAUAUGAUUUCUCUCACUGCUGAACUAUUCCAAGUAUUUUAAAAAUCAAAUGAGAACAUGAUUUUUAGUAGUGUUAUUUGCCCUUAAAAUACUAAUUCCUGCUAAGGAAGAGACUGACAGCAUAAAUUUCCAGUACUAAUAGGUGAUUUUUGUAUAGUCUUUUAUAGCUCCCUGUGGAACCUCACACUCUUUAAGCAUUAUACGUCUCCACAUAAGUGAGAGUACAGAGUAAAAUGUUUCCUUGGUAUCCCUGUAGCUAGUCAGUUUAUCUAUAGAUGUUCUUCCUCUUCAAAAGACACUUGUAAAUAAAAAACAGUUCUUGAAUUUUUAGCUAUGACUAAAUUUCAUAUACCUAAGAGCCAUCAGUGAAGAGACCAUACUUCAAUUUUUGAGGCUGCUUUAUAUCCUACUCUGUAUUUUAUAUCUGUAUAAUGCCAGCAUCAUUUAAAGGUGGAAGACAUUUUCUUAAGAAGUUAAAGAUGAAGGAUUUAAUAAAUAUUUUUAC